GUGAAGUACAUAUAAUAAUAUAGAUAGAGUGAGAUAAGUGAGUGUAUAGUACGAGUAGUAUAUAAGGAAUUGAUGUAUGAACUUUCACUUCAUGUAUUUCUAAGCCAUAUUUGCCAAAAAAGAAAAAAAAAAGAGUAAGAAAUACUUAAAGGCUCUUUAUUAGUGGUAAUCACCAAAGUAUAAUUCAGUAAACCUCUUAAUUAUAUUCUUGACAAACAUCAUUCACUUUUAUAUAUCCAGAUAGUGGCAGUUAGCUUGCUUAGCUACGCUCAAAGCUCAACUACAUUCGCGGGCUAUAAUUGUACCAUGGGCCAUUUCAUAUGUUGCCAAGGUUGUGGAGCUGUAAUAAAAUCAGGUUCUUUAGUGAAAGAAAGCACAAAACGUAAAAUCUGCUGGAAAUUCUGCAAAAUUGUACUAAAAAAUGUAGUAGCAGAACUUAUAAAAGAGGAUUGGAAUCACAAAGAUACUGCAAUGUACUACAGAGGAAGACAAGGGCAAGUGAAAGGACAAUUAAUGGCAAAUAAUGUGCCAAAUCUUUGUCGAACAUGUAUUAACAAAUCCGAGGUUGAGGUUGAGGUUGAGGCUGAGGCUGAGGAGGCUGCUGCUGCUGCUGCCACGAAAAGAGAAGCUAAGGCUGCAUUGGUUGUUGCUGCAAGGAAAAGAAAAGCCGAGGAUAUGGCUGUUGCUGCUGCUGCUGCUGCUGCUACGGCGAAAAGAGAAGCUGAGACUCGUGCAUAUUGCCUGAUGCUGAUGGUAGGGUGCUUCAUUUGUGUAUCAGUGAGUGUUGGUGUGUGUACUUGGUGUUUUAUGAGGGGUUGAUCAUAUGAUAAAUAAUGUCUGAAGUAUGUGGAAAGUCAGCUAAAAAAUGUUCAUCACAUUUGAGUCAUGUUAUACAUGACUAACAAUCUGCACCACAUACUGAUGACUGUUACAAUGUUGGCUUAAUUAAUUGAUGGUCGUCUAAUUGAUCAACCAUUUGUACGUGUGCCUUGGUUUGGUUCGAUGUUCUUGGUUGUUUCUUUGAAUAUCAUUGUACUAUGAUCAAGUGUUAGAUAUGCAUUUUUUAAUUAUCAUUGUAGUAUUUAUAUUUGUUGUAUAAGCUUAUUAACUUAGUGCAAUCGUACCAUAUAUAUGUCAUACAUGUUAUUGGCUUCUUAGGUGUAAUAUUGU